AUGAAAGAUAUUUUAAAUGAAGCAUGUGGAGUAUGUGAUAAUUGUUUAUUAAAUAUAUGUGAUAAGUCUGUAUGGAAUGAAUUUUCUGCUGAUAUAAUUAGGCUGCUGAAAAUUGCAAAAGAAAUUUUGAUAUCUGAAAAAAUAUAUGAAAUAGUAUUAUUAGAUAUCACAGAAGUUUUUUGUAAACUAAAAAGAGCAAAUGAAAUGGGACUUUCUGAAUUAUCAAUAGUAUCUUUUACUGAAAACUUUUCUUUUAAAUCUGUGAUUAUUGGAUUGGAUAACAAUACUGAAGAAGAAGCAAAACAUAUUAAAU